ACACACUUUAGAUAAGGACAAUUAGUCACUAGCGAGACCCAGUAGGAAGAGAGGUUUAAAUCAGAGGGAUUGAAUGAGGGUGCUUUGUGCCUUCCCUGAAGCCAUGCCCUCCAGCAACUCCCGCCCCCCCGCGUGCCUAGCCCCGGGGGCUCUCUACUUGGCUCUGUUGCUCCAUCUCUCCCUUUCCUCCCAAGCUGGAGACAGGAGACCCUUGCCUGUAGACAGAGCUGCAGGUUUGAAGGAAAAGACCCUGAUUCUACUUGAUGUGAGCACCAAGAACCCAGUCAGGACAGUCAAUGAGAACUUCCUCUCUCUGCAGCUGGAUCCGUCCAUCAUUCAUGAUGGCUGGCUCGAUUUCCUAAGCUCCAAGCGCUUGGUGACCCUGGCCCGGGGACUUUCGCCCGCCUUUCUGCGCUUCGGGGGCAAAAGGACCGACUUCCUGCAGUUCCAGAACCUGAGGAACCCGGCGAAAAGCCGCGGGGGCCCGGGCCCGGAUUACUAUCUCAAAAAUUAUGAGGAUGACAUUGUUCGAAGUGAUGUUGCCUUAGAUAAACAGAAAGGCUGCAAGAUUGCCCAGCACCCUGAUGUUAUGCUGGAGCUCCAAAGGGAGAAGGCAGCUCAGAUGCAUCUGGUUCUUCUAAAGGAGCAAUUCUCCAAUACUUACAGUAAUCUCAUAUUAACAGCCAGGUCUCUAGACAAACUUUAUAACUUUGCUGAUUGCUCUGGACUCCACCUGAUAUUUGCUCUAAAUGCACUGCGUCGUAAUCCCAAUAACUCCUGGAACAGUUCUAGUGCCCUGAGUCUCUUGAAGUACAGCGCCAGCAAAAAGUACAACAUUUCUUGGGAACUGGGUAAUGAGCCAAAUAACUAUCGGACCAUGCAUGGCCGGGCAGUAAAUGGCAGCCAGUUGGGAAAGGAUUACAUCCAGCUGAAGAGCCUGUUGCAGCCCAUCCGGAUUUAUUCCAGAGCCAGCUUAUAUGGCCCUAAUAUUGGGCGGCCAAGGAAGAAUGUCAUCGCCCUCCUAGAUGGAUUCAUGAAGGUGGCGGGAAGUACAGUAGAUGCAGUUACCUGGCAACAUUGCUACAUUGAUGGCCGGGUGGUCAAGGCGAUGGACUUCCUGAAAACUCGCCUGUUAGACACACUCUCUGACCAGAUUAGGAAAAUUCAGAAAGUGGUUAAUACAUACACUCCAGGAAAGAAGAUUUGGCUUGAAGGUGUGGUGACCACCUCAGCUGGAGGCACAAACAAUCUAUCGGAUUCCUAUGCUGCAGGAUUCUUAUGGUUGAACACUUUAGGAAUGCUGGCCAAUCAGGGCAUUGAUGUCGUGAUACGGCACUCAUUUUUUGACCAUGGAUACAAUCACCUCGUGGACCAGAAUUUUAACCCAUUACCAGACUACUGGCUCUCUCUCCUCUACAAGCGUCUGAUCGGCCCCAAAGUCUUGGCUGUGCAUGUGGCUGGGCUCCAGCGGAAGCCACGACCUGGCCGAGUGAUCCGGGACAAACUAAGGAUUUAUGCUCACUGCACAAACCACCACAGCCACAACUACGUUCGUGGGUCCAUUACACUUUUUAUCAUCAAUUUGCAUCGAUCAAGAAAGAAAAUCAAGCUGACUGGGACUCUCAGAGACAAGCUCGUUCACCAGUACCUGCUGCAGCCCUAUGGGCAGGAGGGCCUAAAGUCCAAAACCCAAAGAUGUCAAUACUCUGGGAUUGUCUGAAUCUAAAAGGGCAUUACCUAAUUCUUCAGAAGAAAGGUCAGUGCAACUGAAUGGCCAGCCCUUAGUGAUGGUGGACGACGGGACCCUCCCAGAAUUGAAGCCCCGCCCCCUUCGGGCCGGCCGGACAUUGGUCAUCCCUCCAGUCACCAUGGGCUUUUAUGUGGUCAAGAAUGUCAAUGCUUUGGCCUGCCGCUACCGAUAAGCUAUCCUCACACUCACGGCUACCAGUGGGCCCGCUGGGCUGCUUCCACUCCUCCACUCCAGUAGUAUCCUCUGUUUUCAGACAUCUUAGCAACCAGCCCCUGCUGCCCCAUCCUGCUGGAAUCAACACAGACUUGCUCUCCAAAGAGACUAAAUGUCAUAGCGUGAUCUUAGCCUAGGUAGGCCACAUCCAUCCCAAAGGAAAAUGUAGACAUCACCUGUACCUAUAUAAGGAUAAAGGCAUGUGUAUAGAGCAGAAUGUUUCCCUUCAUGUGCACUAUGAAAAUGAGCUGACAGCACACUCCCAGGAGAAAUGUUUCCAGACAACUCCCCAUGAUCCUGUCACACAGCAUUAUAACCACAAACCCAAACCUUAGCCUGCUGCUGCUGCUGCCCUCAGAGGAAGAUGAGGAAGGAAAAAAACUGGGUGGACCUACAAAAACCCAUCCUCUCCCAACUCCUUCUUCUCUGCCUCUUUCUUGCUGCUGCCCUGAGUUUUUUGACACAUCUCUUUCCAUAGGGGAGUAAUGGGUGUGUCAGCCCUGGCCUGCUGGGAGAGCUGUUUAUGUGAUUUCCCGGCUGAUGUACGAGCGUGCGCAUCUGGGUUGCUGACAGUGGCAUCCAUCACUGGCAAUUCCUCUGGGAAGCGGGUGCUUCAAAAGUAAAAUUACAAUCACACUCCAGAUUUGGUAAGAAGGUUCUAUUCCUCUGUGAAUCCAGAUUCCCCCAGAGUUGUAAUGGGAGUCAAGUAACAAUAUUCAUUGAGUGGAGAGCAGCUUAUUAGGCACAACAAAAAGUAAUCAUCAUUCUUCAUGUUGCAUGAGGGAGAGUUUGAGUACAAAGAGAAAGCAUACUGAAACAUCAGGUACACACACACGCGCGCGCACACACACACACACACCCCAAAUGGACAAAGCAAAUUAGACCUCUCCAAAAUUAAUAUUGGGGCUCUAUAGGGUAAGGCCUUAAUUGUUUGAUUAACUCAAAUCAUUAUUUUAAAAAAAGAAGAAAAAUGUGUGAAUCAAGGUCAUCACUGGAAGACACAACUGAAUCUAACCUUUUUGCCUCUUCGCAAGUAACCUAUUUGAGCUAGAACAAAACUUUGUUAGCCAUUUUGGGAGAGAAUAGGGAAUCUAGAGAAUGAAGAUCUGGCCAAAACUAUGGAAUGGUAGGUAGGAAGCUUCUGAGUUGGGCAGGUGUGAAGUGGGGGAUGAGGACCUUCUAUAUGAUUCACGGGGCAUGAGGGUCUUUGCUAAUGAGCUAUAGCUGAAAUGACUUUCCUUUCUGUGGAUGUGAUUUUCUUUCUCAGGAUAAAUGACAGGAAUGAUGCUUUUGUUAGAAGGAGGAGACAUUUGACACUGCUCCAAGUGAGAUGGUGACACAAUUUCUGCUGCUUGUGAAAGGACAGGAAUGGGGUGGGGGAAAGGCAGGGUUGCCGAGGGCAGAGGCUAGGGAGGCUGCGUAAGGAUGCACACGGAGUGAAGGAUUUGGGCCAAGCCUGCAAAGUGAGAGAUGGAAGGGAGAUUAGACCAAAGAUAGAAUUCUGAGCUUGGAGAAUGGUGGAUUUGGGAGAGGAAAGCUGACUACCUAAUUCUGGGAAGCAAGGGGACUCGGGUUUUGACAUGCUUAUCAUUAAGCACAGGAGGAACGGCAUACAGGAGAUGUACUACAGCGAGCAAGAAAGGGAGAGCCCGAGGACCAGGCUGCACCAGGUCAGUGGCUGUGCUCAGCAUGGAAGCAACUGGAGAGAGAGGGGCAGACCCUGAGACUGCCCUGCAAGGCUGCCCAGAAGGGGCCCCUUUCUCUGGGACCAGGCACCUCCCACUGAGGCUUCAGCCCUGGGAGGGCAGGAAAGUGAAGUGCCAAGAUGGGGGCGGGGCGGGGGGUAGGAAAUAGGAGAAAGAAGAAACAGAUUGACAGGCCAAAGUGAGGAAAAGAGAGGAAAAGAGAAAUGAGACUAAAAGGUUGUUCCCCCCAACUGUUAAAAAUGUGUGCAGAUAUCAAUAUCUCUUCCACAUACUGAUACAGGUGCAACUGCAGGGCCCCCUGAUAUAACAAGAGUAACCAAAGGUCCCUAAGGGCCUGGCCCUGGGGACCUAUGGUUUGCUUUGCGUCCAAAGUAACCCCAUGAUAAAGGGGCUACUACUGUUAUCCCCAUUUUUCCUACAAGGCAUGGAGAGGAUCCGUGGCUUGCCCAGGGGCACCUGGGGAAAUGGGUUGCUGAGUGCGAAAUAAUCCAGAGCCUGCCCACUCAACCACAAGGCUCAGCGUCUCCACAGGUCCAGACACCUCCUUCACAUCUUUGUAGGUUCUGCUCAUUCAGAACAGCCAGAACUCCACUCAAACACACUUUCUGUAAAUAAGUGUUGAUUUUUUUUUUUUACUAAACCUUGCAGAAUAUGGGUAAUUCCUGCUUCUUUUAUCUUUCUGUGUGUAUUAAAUGCUGCUCUCAUGAGAUUUAAGUUUUGUUUAUUUUUUAGUUAAUAAAAGGAAGAGGGAAUUACUGAAAUUUA